AUGUUAUAUUGGUUGCAGACAAUUUUUUGUUCGAUGCAAUUUUUAGAUUUUGAUUUAUUGGUAGAUCUAGAGAAUACAUCAGAAUACACAAAGAUAUUUAAAAUUACAGAAUUUUGUGAAAAAGAAGAUACACAACAAAAGAUUCAGGAACAGGUUUACACAGAAGAUAAAAAUUUUUAUGAAUCCCCAUCCAAUCUUAAUAUAUUAAAUGAAUUGGCAUGUUAUAUCGACGAAGGUUAUAAUAAUGCAUGCAAGAGUGUAGAAUGUGACUUUAGUAACUUUUUGUCUUCGAUAACUCCAGAAAGCGACUCUCUGCCAAAUAGUUGCAUAAGUAAUACACCCAGUACUACGAAAUGUGAAAAACAAAGUUGUACGAUGGAACAUUUGGUUUAUGAUACCACACAUUUUAAAGAAUACAAUAGUAGCCAAAAUAAUACGCUGGCCUACUCUCACAUAAAUACAUUUUGCAAUAAUAAUACGAAUUUAUUUUCUUGUACAACUCAAAAUGAUUUAUUACAAGGACAACUUGCCAAUCCAGAAAAUAUCGCUUUUUUACAGACAAGUGAUCAUGGUAUAUCAGAUUAUGAUAUGCAAAACAUAAGAACUAAUUAUAUAAAUAAACCAAAUAAUUCUCUUAUAAAUACACAAUUUGGUUGUUAUAAUUCAUUAAUGAUUAUGAAUUCCGAAACUGGUUCUUUUUUAAAUAGCGUUUACAAAAAUGAUAACAACGUGGAAGAUAAAGAAAAAAAAUUUAAAACUAGCAAAGUAUCUAAUAUACAAAUAAAUGGUAAUGAAAUUACUUUGAAACCUAAAAGAAACACUAGGAAAACAAUUCAUAAGAAUCAAUUUACAGCUAAAGAGCGCGAACUUUAUAAGAAAUACAACCAAUCUGAAAAGAGGUUUAGAAAUUUAUAUAAACGUAAAAUUAAAAAUCAAAUUUCACAAUUUAUUAAGAAACUUGAAAUAUUCAAUCUUUCUGAUGACCUGAAACAAAAAUCAAUUCUUGCUCUAAGAAAUCUUUCAAGUUUUUUAGAUACGAUAAGUGAAAUAUAUAUUAAUACAAAGAAAAAGAAAAAUAAGGAAGAUUUUAUAAAUUCAUUAAAUCUAGCAUGUUAUCAAUUUAGCAGGUAUGAAGACGUAUCUCAAAAACUUUUAAUUUUUAAAUUGAUUUGUAAAAAUAUACAUAAGGUUGAUGAUAGCGUUUUUUGUUGUAUUUCUAGUUGUGAUUUUUAUGAAGUUAAUUGGUUAAUAUUUUCUGUUGACAGAAGAUUCAAUUCAUUUUAUCGUAAACUAUUACAAUUAAGAGAAAUAUUUGAUAAAAAAUGA